UUAAGAAGCUUGCAAGACUUAUUUCCUAUUUAUAUCUCUGUCAUUUUGUAGGCUCGUGGCAUGUUUACAAAAUGUCUCAGAUCGACAUCUUUACUGUCUAGCAGGACGGAGCAAGGAAUUUCUGUGGCUCCGACACAAAUCAACAGGCGUAUUUCUCGUGCUCUUAGCGGUUUUCAUGUACAGUUUAGCCCUUUUCACUGCGGUCGUUUCGCCGGCCCUCAGGUUCGGACUCGACUUCGAGGAAUGGUUCAUCGUGAUACCGGUGUGGUACCCCAUUGACGUCACCUCGUCGAGGAGAAUCUUCUGGUUCAUCCUUGUGUGGGAAUCAACCGUCCUCUGGUACAACUCCCUCAUGUUUGCCUCUGCCGGUGUUUUGUACAUAUACAUCCUGAUGGACACUCGUUCCAAGUUUGAAGCUCUCAGUCAAUAUCUGCAAGAUGAUGAGCGCCCGCAGUUUUCGCAACCACAAACUUUCUUUAAAGACUUUGAAACAUCAGAAGGGAGAAAAUCUGAGUUAAUUUCUGUCCCAAUAACUCUUUUUGGUGAUAAAUUUUGUAAUGAUGUUGAUCGAAAGUGCGGAGUAAUGAAACAGUGCAUCAAGGAUUGGCAAAAAUUAAGAAGACAUGCUAAGCUUAUUUCGGAGUAUUUUGUUGCAUAUUUUAGUGCGGUUUACCUAGUAGGGAUGAUUACGAACACAAUCAUGGCCUAUGCGGUAGUAUACACACUUAGGCAUACCGUAUUGAUGGGAAAAAUAAUCAGUGAGACUGCAAUGUAUGUUGCCUACGUCGCAGGAGCAUCCGGUCACAUAUUUCUAAUGUGUUUGAACGCAACUUUAUUUGAAAUCACCUACGAUAACUUAAAACACUCACUGUGGAAAAAUAACUGGUAUGAGAAAUCUAUUGAAUACAGAGAAAUAUUUCUUAACUUUAGUUCGGCGCUGAAUAACUCUGUCAAAAUGAAAGCAUUUUCUUUCGUCUCGGUAGAUCUUGAACAUUUUUCGCAAGCUAUGAACCGGUCCUUCUCCUAUUUCUUGUUUCUCUACGAGUUACCUGUGGCAAAAUGAAAUGUUGCAUCAUUAAGUGGCAAGAUCAAGAAAAGCCAGUUAAAGAUUAGAGAGUUCUGAAUACGAAUGUGGCCUAAAUGAGGGACUGUUCAUGCCAGAAUUGAUGCUUCGAAAAACCUACGUGAAAGAAAUGAAAAAGUCGCGAUAUGAUGCACGAAUAUACUUCAAAGAAAUCUACAUUCAAAUUAUUGUAUUGUACAUACAUAGUAUAUAUUUAUUAAUUACAUUUAAUUACUAAAAUA